AUGUCUAUCAAUCUAUCCCAGCUGAGUACAUAUCUAUCUAUCUAUCUAUCUAUCUAUCUCGCUAUCUUUCUACGCAUCGGAAGGCGUUUGUUUCUUGUUGUCUCUAUUUGGUUCUAUCUAUCUAUCUAUCUAUCUAUCCUCGCCUUGCUUUUUUAUAUACGUCUGUCUACCCAUCGAUCUGUCCACCGUUCUUUCAACCCAUCCGUCCAUCUAUUGGUCGGUCUGUCCAUCCAUCCACCCAUUCAUCGGUCUGUCUACCCAUGCAUCCAUCAGUCACUCUAUUCAUCCAGCCCUCCAUCGGCCUUUUUAUGCAUCUAUCUAUCUAUCUAUCUAUCUAUCUAUCUAUCUAUCUUCACGCCUAUAUUUAAUAAUCUCAGUCACAUCUAUCUAUCUAUCUAUCUAUCUAAUGUCACCUAUCUAUUUCAGUUCAUAUCUAUCUAUCGAUCGCUGUUCAUAUCUUUCAUAUCUACCUCUGUAUCUAUCUCAGUUCAUAUCUACCUCUGUAUCUAUCUCAGUUCAUAUCUACCUCUGUAUCUAUCUCAGUUCAUAUCUACCUCUGUAUCUAUCUCAUUUCAUAUCUGUCAUUCUGUUUGCUUCUGUUUCAAAUGUUUAUUUAAUAAUAUUCUGUUCGCAGUUUCAGUCUCUCAGUCUGUCCUUCCUUCUAACUACUCCUGUUCUAUCUAUCUAUCUAUCUAUCCGCAUCUAUCUAUUCAUAGCUAUCUAUCUAUCUAUGUAUGUAUGUACUAUGUAUUCAUAGCUAUCUAUCUAUCUAUCCGCAUCUAUCUAUUCAUAGCUAUCUAUCUAUCUAUUCACAUCUAUCUAUCUAUUUACAUCUGUCAUUGUCUAUCUAUUCAUAUCUUUCUAUUCCCUGUUUAUCUCUCUCUCUGUCUAUCUAAGCCUGUUUAUCUCUCUCUCUGUCUAUCUAAGCCUGUUUAUCUCUCUCUCUAUCUAUCUAAGCCUGUUUAUCUCUCUCUCUAUCUAUCUAAGCCUGUUUAUCUCUCUCUCUAUCUAUCUAAGCCUGUUUAUCUCUCUCUAUCUAAGUGUUUAUCUCUCUCUCUAUCUAAGCCUCCUGUUUAUCUCUCUCUAUCUCUAUCUGUCUAUCAAAGCCUGUUUUUCUCUCUCUCUCUAUCUGUCUAUCAAAGCCUGUUUUUCUCUCUCUCUCUCUCUGUCUAUCUAAGCCUGUUUUUUUCUCUCUCUCUCUCUGUCUAUCUAAGCCUGUUUUUUUCUCUCUCUCUCUCUGUCUAUCUAAGCCUGUUUUUCUCUCUCUCUCUCUCCUGUUUUCUCUCUCUCUCUCUCUAUCUAAGCCUGUUUUCUCUCUCUCUCUCUCUAAGCCUGUUUUUCUCUCUCUCUCUCUGUCUAUCUAAGCCUGUUUUUCUCUCUCUCUCUCUCUGUCUAUCUAAGCCUGUUUUUCUCUCUCUCUCUCUCUCUCUCCUGUUUAUCUCUCUCUCUCUAUCUGUCUAUCUAAGCCUGUUUAUCUCUUUCUCACUCUCUCUAUCUAUCACUCUAUCUAAGCCAGUUUAUCUAUCUAUCUAUCUAUCUAUCCGUCUGUUUCUCUCACAAAGGGCUACAUGCGACUCUCCUAUACCGUCUUAUUAUUCACCCAUCUCUUCCUUCUAA